ACCAUACGAGCCGCGGCCCUCUCUUCGUAACAACCUUUAACUAGCUGGAGGAUACUUCCUCAAAAGCAGCACAAGUCUAGUACAUCUGGCUCUACCACCCUAUCUGCCAUGGAAAAAAACAAUGCUAGCCGUUCUCUGAUCCGCGCUUUCCUCUCACAAACCCUAGUUCACCUUCCAGUUUACGUUAAACAAAUCCGAGAAACCAAACUUUCAGCUAUCAGCUUUCCAUCUCUCAGCCAGAACACCGUCGCUUCGACGUACAUACUCGCUUCGGCAAAUGGACCCGGAAAUCCAAAACCUAGCACCAAGACCACGCCAGCACCCCGCAGCAAUGGACAACGCCUCCCUCGUGUGGCAGCGUCCGAAUUUCCACCUACCAAACCUCCCCACAAACGCCGCAGCCUCCCAGAACCCGACGUCCAGACCCAGCUACCGCGACGUGGCAACCCAAACCGACUUUCCCCGCCUCAUCAUCCGCCUCCCAGCCCCAGCCCCGAAACCCGUGGACGUGUUCCUCCACCAACCCGCCCGCCAGCUCCCUAGCCAAUCGCGUGCCCUCAAACUCCGCCGGCAACGCGAACUCCGCACCUGCGUGGACCAAGCGGCAGAGCUGUUCAACGUCCUCCAGGAAGAGACAUGGGAGUUCAGCGCCGCCGACCGCGACAAAUUGCUGAGCCAGGCGCGGGUGUGUCUCUCGCGGCAGCAUGAAGUUUUCUGCAUGAAGGAUUGGUGGAAGCUGCGGGCGCUGUGCAAGGACAAGUGGAGGGGGAGGGUAACAGCGAUUGGAAGGGAGUAUGCGUCGCUUAGGCGGGAGUAUAAGCGCAUUGUGCAGGAGAUUGAGAGGAAGGAAGUCGUGGUGAUUUUUAAGACGGAGCGGUUUAGGGAGCAGGUGGAGAUGAUGAGCGAGCAGGUGGAUGCGUGGUAUGAUGCUGAUGAUGAUUAA